CUCGCGUUCUUGCUUCGUAUCUUGUAGUCCUUGGUCUUCAAAAUGUUCAGCGCACGAGAUAGAAACGCGUUCUCAAAGAAAUCCAACAUUCCUCAAGUAGAGAAAUACUCCAACCUGAAAUAUUCCCAUCGGCUCAAUUUCUAUGACAGACCACCAAUAGACGACAUCACAAUUGAAGACUUCGAGACUUGUGCGCUGGAUCGAUUACGCGUCCUUGCAGAAAUCGAAUCAUCUUUUGUGCGAAACCGAUCAUGGGAGGAACUAAAGAGCGUCGCGCUGACCCAAUCCGAGAAAUAUCUUCCCGUACAUGCUUCGACUGCUAUUGCAGUGGAUAGGGACGCGGAAAGAAAAAAGGACCACGUCGGACACUUUGUGUUGAGAUUGGCGUUCUGUCGAUCAGAAGAGCUACGACGGCGAUUUGUCAAGUCCGAGAUGGCAUUGUUUAGAAUACGUUGGGAUACCGAUGAUCGAGUGGAAAGAGAAGAGUUCUUGAAUUCGCGUGAUUUCGAUUGGAUACCGGUCUCGGAAAGCGAGAUUAAGGAGCACGCCGAGGAAUUGACAGCUGCAGCAGGAGGUCUAAAGGAUUUCAAGAUUGAAAAUGAGAAGUUCUACAAGGUGAAGUGGACCCGCGUCCCAGAUCUUGUGGAAAGGCGAAGGGUCUUCUUGAAAGGUGGCAUGGCGUAUGUCCCUGCCCGUGAACAAUCUAGUCUUGUCUUUCAAGAAUUCCAGAGCAACUUGGAGAAAGCCCUUGAACUUACCGCGAAAGCUCUUCCACGAUUAGAUGAAGAUACACGAAUAGUUCCCAUACUGGACAAUCUGUCGCAAGGCUUCCUCGCAGGCGUUUCGUCAGAGUGGUCUACUGCAUCCUCGUCGGAGAGCACGGGCAAAAUCACUGCGGAAAUGAUUGAUGACAUGGCUCGGAAGCACUUCCCUAUGUGUAUGAGGCACCUACACGAAUGUCUGAGACGAGACAGACACUUGAAACACCAUGGUCGACUACAGUACGGAUUAUUCUUGAAGGUCCUGGGACUCUCGAUAGAGGAAGCCAUCACUUUUUGGCGAAGAUCAUUCAGCCAAAUCCAGGAUGACAAGUUCAACAAAGAAUAUCGAUAUAACAUUCGACAUUCGUACGGUUUGGAGGGCAAACGGGCUAAUUAUGCGGCCAAAAGCUGUGUGCAAAUCCUGACAGGAGAAACACCAGGUCCUGGCGACUCGCAUGGAUGUCCUUAUCGACAUUUCUCUCAAGAGAACCUAUCCUCAGCUCUACUUGCAACGUAUUCUUCUCAAGGACUUACACAGGCAGACCUUCCAGAGAUCCUACAUGCGGUGAAGAGCCAGCAUUAUCAUGUUGCAUGUACGCGAGUCUUCGAGAUUACCCAUGCAAGAGAUGGAGUAUAUAAAGGCGAAGGUGUGGGUGGUGGUGAGAGUGUCACACAUCCGAAUCAGUACGCUGCGAGGAGUAGAGAAUUGGAGAAGGCCAGACUGGAAACGAUGAAGGCAGAGUCGGAUGGCGACAUUGUGAUGUCUUGAAUAUACCCUCUUCUGCUGUUUUGUACUGCUUUCCGUUCGCAUCUCACUUAUUUAUGUUGUAGCUCGUAUCGUAUGUAUUAUAAAAAAUUCGCAUUGGAGUAGCAUUCAUCUCCCACU